UCAGGAAGUUCGUAUGGUGACUCUGCCAUAGAAGGCAUUCAAGCGUGGUGUCCUCCAAUAUGCAAGGUCCUCUGAUUUGCGUGUUACAUUGGAGUUCUUCAUAAUCGUAUGACUUUAUAUUUUAAGCUCCGAUAUUUUCCUCUCCAACAUGCGUUCCUUCUCCGUCGUUUGGGUUCAACUCCUUCUUGGACUACUCCUGAAACCAGCUUCGCAAAUGGCAGUGGGCGUUAGCGUCACUGUGACGCCUGACCAGGACUCCAUCAUCACUAUCGCUAAGGACACCGAUGGAGAAGGCUGCGAUGCCUGUGUGGAUGAGGGAGGGAAUCUCACCUGCAACGUUACUGAGUUUGUUCUGUCCAAGCCUGUGGAAACCACCAUCCAGUUCAACUGUACCAAGCCUCAGGACGUUUAUAAAGUGAAGACUGAGGGGAGAGUUGACUGCACUAGUGAUUCCUGCAGCCCUGAAGCAGGGAAGGUUCAAGCGGCUCUCUUCACCGAGUUCCACAGAAGCUUCCUGUGGACGAUAAGUGGUCCCGAUGGGACGCUGUUGGGUCUGGACUUCUCAGGCACGGGCCUGAAAGACGUUCCUGAAUCAGAGGCCUGUGAGGAUGGGUACCUUUACUCAGUGAGUAAAACUGAUGCUGAAGGAGCGGUUCAGACCCAGAACUACUGCAGGAAUGGAACCGUGACCCAUCUGGACCUGCCCAGCAAGGCUUCUGUGUCUGUAGUGGUUCCACCACAAGGGGAGGUGCUUCCUACUGUGUUUAGUCUCGCUCCAAAACCUAAACCCGUCAAAAAGGGCAGAACCAUGGAAGUGACCCCUGACCCCGACACCCGGGUAACCAUCAGCAGGGACGCGGCAUCGGCGGCGGCAGAGUGCAGUGUGUGUUUGGGCGCGGGGCCCAACCCUGACUGUAACACCCAACUAAUCCUGCGAGAGCCACUCAGCACCACCAUCCAAUUCACCUGUGAAAAACCUGAAGACAUCUUCAAAGUAGAGAUUAACAGGGAUUUUGACUACACUGGGGACCCCAGCAGCAGCAAAGAGAUGUUGGCAGACUCCAGUCUCUUCCCAGAAUUUCAGCGGAGCUUCACCUGGGACAUGAAGGUCGACCCAUCGCGGACGUUCCAGCUGGACUUCCCAAGUCCCGGCAUGAAGCAGAUUGCUCCCACAGAAAGCUGUCCCGAUGAGCACACCUACAGCAUCAUUACAUACCAGCGAUUUGGACUCGCCACUAUUGGCACCUUCUGCAAAAAUGGCACCAUAAGUCAAAUUCAAGUUCUUUACAAAGGAAGGGUGUCCCUGUCUGUCCCAAAGAACAAGAAACUGGACACACCUGCCAUCAAAGUCUCUGUUGGGCCAGACACUAAAAUGCUGGCAAUAGUGCAGCCCCAGUUACCCCGCGGUCAGUCCUACUCUGACUUCUUCUCUGCCAACUACGUGAGCGGCUUCCCUAGCAACGAGAUGAUGGGGUGGGAGUUUGUGGUGCCUCCCAAGCACAACUUCACCGUCUCCUUCCUGGGCCACACGGCACCCAUUUGUGGCACCAAGGCGGUGGAGGUGAGGUACGAGCAGGAGGGCAAAGCGCCCGUCGUGAAGAGCAUGACCGAGGAACAGCCGGCCAACUUACAGGGCAGCUUUAGCCUCCUCCUGCAGAACUGUGACUCCGUGAAGAAAGCUGGCUCUCCCAAGCUCACCCUCAAUUUUAGGGUUUCCGUCUUACGAAGCGGCGUACCACAUCUUUGCGCUGUAAAUAUGCAGAAAGAGGCAGGCAUCACCCUUAACAUUGAGAACACCAACCCUGUGUCUUACUGUGAGAUGGAAGUGGAUGGUACGGCUCAGGAGAAGAUCACCGUUCCCCCAGGAGCCAAAUCCACCCUGUCUUUCCUGGAUUGCCCCAGUAAAGACCUCCUUCUGACUGUUACCAAAACCAUAGAAUGCCAAAGCCUAGCUGCAUGCGCCGUUAGUCGGACCCCCCUGACCAUCCCUACUCUAGAGACGUGCCUCCCUGUGCCCAUCCACAAUGCCAUCUGGCACCUCCGUGUCCCUGAACAUGGCACCGUGGCCCUGCAGUCACCCACGGGCAACCUGCGGCAGUCUUUGCCAGGGGACGAAUGCGGUGGCGAGUUCUCUCUGCACGUGGCAGAGAGUGACGGGAGCCCGGUCGGCCAGUUCUGCUCCGGGGGCGUCAUCCGCAAGGUCCAGAUCCACAACAACGUCACCAUCACGGCCACGGCCGCCAGUGCCAUGAAGCUCCGGAGUGGGCUGGCCAUGCCUCUAUUCAAUGUUUCUUUUGGACCUGAAAUCAAAGAGAGCAUCGUGUUCCAUGUGAACCCCAAGGCUAUGGUUCAGGUCCCCGUCCUCUUGGGCACACCUGGUUGGCCCAGGGGCAUGAAGCCCCUCUCCACCGUCUCCUGGAUCAUUCAGCUGCCUUCGCAGCACCGGGCUGAUCUACUCUUCACCAACAUCAGCCAGCCCAAGUGUCAAAAGAACCAUGCCACGAUCAAGGUGCAGACGAUCGGCUCGGAGGAGGAGCUUCUGAGCCGGCGGGAGGACGAGAAAUUGGACAACAAACUCGGCGUCACCGCAAGCUUCUACCUGAACAUGUCCAACUGUCUGCCUGAGAGCGGCAGCUUUAGUGCACUCAGCAAGGUCAUGGUGGAGAAGAAGAGCAAAAAGCUGUUGGGAAUCAUUCUGGGCGUCGUUGGAGCUCUUUUGGUUCUCACGGCUAUAGUGUUAGCAGUUGUCUGUGUGGUGACCAGGAAAAAGAAACUGGCCCACCGUGUGUCCAUCUACAACCCCAAAGGCAACCUGUUCCACCCAGGUGAGACUUCCUUCAAGCCAGACAACGGCUCCCACGUCUACGACUCCAUCGAUGAGACCAUGACAUACAGUCACCUGAUUGGGGAUUCUGGCUACAAUGGCGCCGAGACUGGAAGCUACCGUCCCUUCACUAGUCCCGUGGACGUGAAGCCGCCCAUCAUCGAGGUGCCAGAAAACAACAAGAAGGAGGAGUUCAGCACCUUCCUGGACCCCGCGGAGUCCUUCGGCCCCCCCAGGCCUCGCACCCCUCUGGGCCCCAUGAAAAGCCUGGGCUUCGAGGACCGCCGCCUGGUGGACAACGAGCUGUGCACCUUCAAGAACUCUGGCGACCCCAACCCCAUCCGCCUAUCAGACCCCGAUCCUCUGCCACCGCCUCUCCUGGAUGAUGACUGGGACAAUGAUUAUGACAAUGAUGAAGAUUACAUUUGAGGAGAAUGGACUAGGCCAGGGAGGCACCAUGCUGCCAGAUGGACAGCUGUCUUCAGUGUUGGUCUUGGUCAUGCCCCUGUCAGGAUUGCGAGGACAAGGAUGGGCGGGCGGACAGAGCAGAGGAAUUUUAAAGCAUGGCUCUCUGGAGGGAUUCCUUGCGUCUGUGUCGAUGUAUUUGUGCCUCAAAGAGGCAUUAGAGUGCACACUACUUCCAGACAGCAGGACAAUGAGCCAUGCCAUUUUACAAAAUGUUUUUAGGUUACAAAUGAUAUUUGCUUUUUUUUGCAUGUUUGUUUUUUAUUCUUUUUAAAGAUGUUCUUGUAUAUGAUGGCAAGCCAACAAUAUUAUGGCACACAUUCUCACUUUCGUCUCAUCAGGCUAUUGACUAUCUUGGAUAAUGUUUGCUGGAAAUGGGAUUAUUGAAUUUGUCCUGUUGUUUUCAGGCAUGCAGUGUGGUUGCUCAUGACUAUACAUGUAUAUGGGAAACUUGCUGGUUUAAUCGUCUUGUAUAUAUUUAACUUUGUACAUUUUCAUGGUGUUUUAGGAAUAAAUUCAUAUGUGUUUUA